AUGAGUGCAAUCGUUUACAGCUUCGAAGCCUUAAACUUCAACGGUAUUUGUAAGACCAUUGCCAUUAGUUUGUGUCCAUUGAUCGGUCAAUACGAUGGUAUUGAACCCGUCUGUUACUCUCGUAACGUGGAAUUAAGUGGAAACAUCAUCUUUCAGCCUUCAACCCUGAUCAUUGAUGUUGUUGCUAUUAUCAUGACGAUGAUUAUGAUUUACCACAUUCGCUCUAAAUACACUGCUGUUGGUCGACAGGAAAUUGUCAUGUAUUUCUACAUGUACAUGUUGACUACCUUGCUGGACAUGUUGCUGGUAACUGGUAUCAUCCCUACUUCAUCUUCUGCAUAUCCUUGGUUCACCGCUAUUCACAUUGGCUGUAUUUGCUCAACAUACUGGUGCUUGUUGUUGAACGGCUUUGUAGGCUUCCAAUUUGCCGAAGAUGGCACACCUUUGUCACUGUGGUCGAUUCGUAUCAGUACAUUUGUGUGGUUCAUCAUUACAGGUUUCUUGGCUAUUGGUACAUUUUUAGGUGUCGGUGCUCUCUCGUAUCAGAAUCAGGCAGCACUAUGGAUCUUUUACAUUGUUUUGAAUUAUGUCAUGUUCUUUAUUUACAUCAUCUCUCAAAUCAUUCUCGUAAUCAACACUCUGGAUGACCGUUGGCCCCUGGGUGACAUUCUGUUCGCUGCUGCUUUCUUUGCCAUUGGACAAGUGCUGAUGUAUGUAUUCUCUGUAGUCAUUUGCGAUAACACCAAGCACUAUGUGGACGGCAUGUUCUUUGGCGCCAUCUGUAACCUCUUGACCGUGAUGAUGAUUUACAAGUAUUGGGACUCCAUCACCAAGGAAGAUCUCGAAUUCUCUGUCGGUUCCAAGCAAAAUGUCUGGGAGGUCAAGGAAUUGUUAGGUGAGGACGAGUUAUCUCAGACCUACGCCAGCUACCAACAACAACCUGCACCUACAACUCCUCAACAUUACCAACCUUACGAACAACAUCCCUAUUAG